AUGGAGCCAGAGCCGGCCGCACCGAAGCAGCCCCGGCCGCGGAGACGAAGCAGCCGGGCCUCUGGGCUCAGCGCCGGCUGCGCCCCGGGUCCUUCGGCUAACACGCCCAGGCCGGGACCGCCGGAGGGCAGAUAUUCCCUUCGGAGAGGUAGCUCCUUUACUUUUUUAACACCUGGCCCCCACUGGGACUUCACCUUGAAAAGAAAACGAAGAGAGAAAGAUGAUGAUGUUGUGAGCCUUAGCAGCCUUGAUCUGAAGGAACCAAGCAAUAAAAGAGUUCGACCUCUAGCUCGGGUCACAUCCUUGGCAAACUUAAUCUCUCCUGUAAGAAAUGGAGCAGUCAGACGUUUUGGUCAAACAAUACAGUCAUUUACCCUUCGUGGUGACCACAGAUCCCCAGCCUCUGCCCAAAAGUCAUCUAGCAGAUCAACAGUCCCAACACCUGCCAAAAGAAGAAGCAAUGUGCUGUGGUCAGAGAUGUUAGACAUCAGUAUGAAAGAGUCUUUAACCACCAGAGAAAUUAAACGUCAAGAGGCAAUAUAUGAAAUGUCCCAAGGUGAACAGGAUUUAAUUGAAGAUCUCAAGCUUGCAAGAAAGGCCUACCAUGACCCCAUGUUAAAGUUGUCUAUCAUGUCAGAAGAUGAACUCACACACAUAUUUGGAGAUUUGGAUGCUUACAUACCUCUGCAUGAAGAUUUGUUGGCAAGAAUAGGAGAAGCAACUAAGCCUGAUGGAACAGUGGAACAGAUUGGUCAAAUCCUUGUGAACUGGUUACCAGGCUUGAAUGCCUACAAAGACUACUGUAGUAACCAGCUGGCAGCCAAAGCUCUCCUUGACCAAAAGAAACAGGAUCCAAGAGUCCAAGACUUCCUCCAGCGAUGUCUUGAGUCUCCCUUCAGUCGAAAACUAGAUCUUUGGAGUUUCUUAGAUAUUCCUCGAAGUCGCCUAGUCAAAUACCCUUUACUAUUAAAAGAAAUUCUUAGACACACUCCAAAAGAUCACCCUGAUGUUCAGUUUCUGGAGGAAGCAGUAUUGAUAAUACAAGGAGUUCUCUCUGAUAUCAACCUGAAGAAAGGAGAAUCUGAGUGCCAGUAUUACAUUGACAAGCUGGAGUAUCUGGAUGAGAAGCAGAAGGACCCUAGAAUUGAAGCAAGUAAAGUACUGCUAUGCCAUGGGGAGCUGAAGAAUAAAAAUGGACACAAACUUUACAUUUUCCUAUUCCAAGAUAUCUUGGUUUUGACUCGGCCUGUUACACGAAAUGAGCGUCAUUCUUACCAGGUUUACCGACAGCCAAUUCCAGUCCAGGAGCUGGUGCUGGAGGACCUGCAGGAUGGGGAUGUGCGAGUUGGAGGGUCCUUUCGAGGGGCUUUUGGCAACUCAGACAAAGCUAAAAAUAUCUUUAGAGUCCGCUUCCAGGACCCCUCUCCAGGCCAGUCUCACACGCUGCAAGCCAAUGAUGUAUUCCAUAAGCAGCAGUGGUUCAACUGUAUCCGAACCGCCAUUGCCCCUUUCCAGCAAGCCACCAGUCCACCAGAGCUUCAGGAUUUGCCAGAGCUCCACGAAGAGGGUGAAGAGAACAACCCUUCUGCCAGGAACCUCCAAGCCCAGAGAAGGCCAUCAGUGGUUUCCAGUGUUAUGCAGAUAGACGGUGACAAAAAUGCAUCUGAAUUCGGUUUUGGUGUACAAGUAGCAGAAUACUCCAAGAGUGUAAAGGGACAUCGAAUGCAAUCUGGCUUCCGAAGAGCAAAGGAGAAAGCGCAGUUAAGUGGCAGACAAAAAGAGACUUUGGUGUAAAGGAAGCUCUGUGGAUUAACUGGCAGGGAGACUAUUUAUAUAUGUGUACAGUUCUGUUUUUCCUGGUAAUGAGACUAUCAUAGGGUUAUUUUGUACCAGUUGUAAUAUUUUCAUGGUUUGAGGUUCUUUUUCCUUUUUAAAUUUUAUUUUAUUUUUUAAUGGCAGCUAAAGGUAUUCAGAUUACAAUUAAAUUACAGACUUUUUUCAAAGAUAUUUUCUUGGAUUACUUAGAACAUGCAAGCCUGAUAUUUUUAAACAGAUGAAAUAUUUAUGAAAUUAAUGAGUUUUCCUGAUUCUGGACUCAUCAUGACUUUUCAGUACCAAUCAAAUGUGAUACUUACAAUAUCUGCUAAAACUCAAAAUUUUUCAAAUACUGGAAUUAUACCGGCAUUCUUUGUUAAGCCUUGGAUGCCAAAUUUAAAAUUUUUAUAUUGACACCUAAAAUUUGCAUGAAAUAUAUGUUUGAAGUACUUCGAAAUUUACAGUGAAAUAUAGCUUCCUUGGAAAACCGUAAAACUUAAUAAGCUUUCCAUUUUAUCAACUGGAAUACUUUAUAUUAUGUUAGGCUUUUAUUUUCACUGCACAUUCCUCAUUUUUCUUUCAUUUAUCCUGCCAGUUAUUUAAUUUUUUAUUGUAAAGUAGUUUUUAGUAUUUGCUUUUAUUUUUUUACUUUGGUGCCUUUUUUAAUUGGCAUGUCUCUAAAAAGUAUUUUUCUUCCUGAUUAAAAUGUGUGUGUGUAUAUGUGUAUAUAUAUAUAUAUAUAUAAAAAUAUAUAUUUGUGGGUUUUAAAAUCAUAUUAACUUUACCAAGUAAAACCAAGCCAUACUGUUUUUGAGCCAAUUAAGAAAAUUACAGUCUUUAAAGUAUAGCAUUUCAGGGUAGUGAAGACACAUGAAAUAACUCAGUAUAUUUUAGACUACUGAAAGAAAAUCACUUCAAGGAUUUUAUUGAAAGUUUUAAUGUCUGAAAAGCAAGAGGGAAGGUAAUUGACUGGUAAUAAGUAAAAGAAAAAAAGAGGAAGAAAGAAAGUGGUUUUGUCUUCAAGUAAACAACUCUGGUUGUGCCAGAGUGUGAAAGGAGAUAGGAAAAGCUUUACUUGAGGGUGUGUAGUAAGUUGUAGAAGGCUCGAGGGGAAGUGAACUUUUAUUUGCUUUGGUUUAUUGCAAAUAAUGGGUUUGAAAAGGAACAAAUGUGUUCAGAAUUGGACAGUAUUAAAUCAAUUUUGGUGGAUUUAUUCAUAAGGUGGAAAAAAGACUGGUGAACCUUUACUGCAAAAUGUUUCCUGGGGAGGGAGGACUGAAGUCCUUUGUCAUCACAGGUUUGUAUAAUGUUGAUCAAGUCAGUGUUGACUAUUAUGUGAAAUAUAUUUGCCAAUGGAAAUGAAAAUUGGAAAAGACUGUAAAUAGAUCAGUCAAAUGAUUUCUCUGUAUAAAUGAAUUAUACAAUUAAAAAAGCACACACAAUCACCCUAAA